AUGGUAGCCUCGCGACAUCUCCCCAGCAAGGCCAAUCCCCUCAUGACCGAAGACCUCCCAGUCUAUGCUGAACUCGUGUCGCGUCGUCGCCUGGGCCAGACUCAGCUCACUCCCAAGAUGGUAGCAGCCAGCGCUGCUGGAGAGGUUGAUGCCUCAGCUCUGGGCGUAUUCGACUACGCACAUCUUCGGGCCCCCUUACCGAAGGGGAUCACAUCGGGCAUCUUCAAGUCUUCCCCAAGCUCCUACUUCCUAAUGCGCCGAAGCCAGGACGGCUAUGUUUCCGCGACUGGCAUGUUCAAGGCAACCUUCCCAUAUGCUGAAGCUUCAGAGGAGGAAGCUGAACGCAAGUAUAUCAAAUCACUACCUACCACGAGCCAUGAAGAAACAGCCGGCAAUGUAUGGAUCCCUCCCGAGCAAGCGAUGGCGCUAGCAGAGGAGUAUGGUGUUACCCUUUGGAUUUCUGCUCUGUUGGAUCCAACCGAGAUUGCCAUCACAAAUGCCCCAGAUAGCCCUCCGAAGAAGAUCGCGGCGCCUCCUAAAUUCGAAUUCACGGGCUUGGUACAGCCUUUGCUAGCACCGCCCACCCCUUCCUCAUUACCUCGCAGUACUCGUAGUCGCCGUUCCGCCAGUCCUUCCAAGAAGAGAGCCAUUGCAUCUCCACGCAAGCGGUCGACCAAAGUACCUCCUGCGCAGAUUGUUCCUAGCGAGCCUCUACCUGUUCAAGAAGAAACGCCUCUACCUGUUCAAGAAGAAACAGAGCCUGAGACGAAUGGUGUGCAGACAGAAGAUACUACUUCUACAGCUCCCACCGAAGACAUUACAAUGAAGACUAUUGAGAAAGAACCCGAGCUUGUGUUCGCACUCGUCGAGGAGGAACCCAAGAUACACAUCAAAUUCGGCCAAGAAGUUCAAUUCAACGCUGGUGUUGAGACAACGCAGACAGCUGUAGAGGUCGAGCUUCCUAUUGCAAACGGCCCCCCUAGCGUAGAAGAGGCUGCAGAGAUGAUUGCAAAAGCAAAGGAGAUGGUUGCGGCGGCAGCAGCUGAAUCUAUGGGAAACGCCAAGACUGAUAGCUUAUCCAGUGAGAACAGCAAAGGGAAGCGCAAGGUUGCUGAGAUUGCUGACGAUGAUGAAGAGGAGCAACCUAGCGAACCGUCCGAUGAGCGUAGUUCUAAGAAAGCGAAAACGGAGAAGACGGAAGUACAGUUGCGGAAAGAGCGCGUCAGAAACCGAGCUUUGGUCGGUCUGAGUGCAACUCUCGCUAUUGGUGCUCUGAUUCCUUACGUUAUGGGCGUAUUUUAA